AUGACAGAAAGAUCAAAGGAGAUGAAAAGGAUCCUGGCAAAACUUAAUUGGUCAUCUACGUCCAACAAUAAGCCUCCUUUGGAGUCAAAUUCCCAUAACGUUUCAACCAAUCCCCUUCCCCAUGUCGAUUUUCCUAUGUUAGAGGAGAAGACGGAUGAGGAAGUGAAAAAAGUGUUGUUACAAAGAGAAGCUGAUGUGGAUAAGGCUUUUGAAGAUUAUCGUUUCCAACGAAACCUUCUAGACAACUAUUGGGAUGACAUUGACCGUAAAAGGAAUUGGAUUAUAAGUACUAGGCAUGAAAUCCAAUCUACCGAGAGUUCAAUCUGA